AUCCUUCAAAACUCUAAUUUCCCUCCAACACCAAAUUUUCUAUAAUGUCACAUUUUUAUUGCAUAAUAAUUUUCCUAGCUCUCUUCAUUUCCCUAUCUCACAUUACAAUAGGAGAAACCCACAACCAAGAAACAACACAAACUUACAUUGUCAAAACAAAUAAUGACCUUAAGCCCCUUGAUUUUUCUAACAUUGAGGAAUGGUACAAGUUUAUUCUUAAGAAAACAAAUUCUAAUCCCAAUACUUCUUUGCUUCAUGUUUACAAAACAGUCUUCCAAGGGUUCUCGGCCCGACUUACACCCGAACAAACCCGCUCAUUGCGAGCUCAGAUUGAGGUUAAUGAGAUCAUCCAAGACACAAUUUACCAAUUACACACCACAAGAUCACCUCACUUUCUUGGCCUUGAUUCAUACAAUAAGCCCAUGGGCUUACUAAAAGAGAGUGAAUUGGGCUCAAAUAUUGUAGUUGGAGUCAUUGACACGGGUAUUUGGCCCGAAAACCUUAGCUUUAAAGAUGAUGACCUUGGCCCAAUCCCGGCCCAUUUCAAAGGAGAAUGUGUUGGAGGGGAAGAUUUCCCAUCCACCCUUUGUAACAAGAAACUAGUUGGUGUAAGAUACUUUGGUUCAGGGUUAUUGAAUAAUGAAGCUAAAUCAGCUAGAGAUACUUCUGGCCAUGGCACUCAUACUGCAUCCACAAUUGCAGGUAAUAUUCGCGAAAAUGUGUCCUUUUUCGGGUAUGCUAAGGGUGAAGGGACAGGGAUUGCACCAAAAGCAAGGCUAUCCAUAUACAAAGUGUGUUGGGAAUACGGGUGCUUUGGAUCCGAUGUAUUAGCUGCCAUUGAUAAAGCUGUUGAAGACGGUGUAGAUGUAAUAUCCAUCUCCUUAGGUGGAGCCUCUAGCAGGUACAACUUAGACCCGCUUGCCAUUGGAUCAUUCGGAGCAUUAACGAAAGGGGUGUUUGUAUCAGCAUCAGCUGGUAAUUUAGGACCAAACCCGAGUUCCUUAUCAAACGAAGCUCCAUGGAUCGCCACAAUCGGAGCAAGUACCAUUGACAGAAAAUUCUUAGCUGAUGUAGUACUAGAUAAUGGUGUAGUUUUAACUGGUGCUUCUCUUUAUACAGGGGGACCAUUACCUAAAAACAAAACAUAUCCUUUGGUGUACUUUUCAUCAGAUUUCUCUAAGCAACUUUGUAUGCCUGAAUCAUUUGAUCAAAAACUAGUCGAGGGGAAAAUCGUGAUUUGUUCUAUAGGAAUGAUUAGCCCGAUUGAGAAAGGAAUAGUUGUAAAAAAAGCCGGUGGUGUAGGUGUUAUUGUCGUUAUCAACAAUCCUAUAAUAGGCCCGAAUGAUACCGUAAAAAGCGAUCCCUUUCUGUACCCUGGUGUCACACUUCCUUACGGGCCCACAAAAAGUCUUCUCGAUUACAUACAUAAACGCAAAGUUAAACAAGGGACUAUUCUGUUUCGAGGUACUGAAACAGGCAAAAGUAUAAUUGCUCCGAUGAUGGCUGUGUUUUCAUCUCGAGGCCCAAAUAGGCAGUCGAUAUAUGUGCUUAAACCUGAUGUUAUCGCACCAGGAGUCGACAUUCUAGCUGGUUGGCCCGAUAACAUGCCACCAUCUUUUAUACAGGAAGACCCAAGAAGAUCAGAGUUUAAUAUCUUAUCAGGAACCUCAAUGUCCUGCCCACAUGUAUCAGGGGUAGCCGCCUUACUUAAGGCGGCUAACCCUGAUUGGACUCCCCCUAUGAUUCGGUCUGCCUUGAUGACAACCGCGUAUAAGGGGUACCAUGAAGAAACAAUGAAAAUUAGUACCCCACCUACAUUUUGGGACGAGGGUGCAGGACAUGUGAAUCCAGAAAAGGCUAAUAAUCCGGGUUUAGUUUUUAACAUAACCGAAAAUGAUUAUAUUGAUUUUCUUUGUGCUUCGGGUUAUAAUAAAACCGAAAUAUCAACAAUAGCAAAAACAUCGAAUCGUUGCGAAGAGAAGAAGGUAAAGGAAUGGGAUUUGAAUUACCCUGCAAUUAUUGUGACAUCUGAUUUACAAGGUAGGAUGAUUUUAAGGACACUAACAAGUGUAGAGUCACAAGAAAGUAGGUAUAGUGUUUUUGUUGUUGAACCUAAAGGGAUGAAAAUAAGGGUAAGUCCCUUAAAUAUGAGUUUUAAGGGCAAAGGGGAUAAGCAAAGUUUUUCUGUUGAAGUUUUUGGUAUGAAAGAGGCAGGAAGUCAUGCUGUUGGUACUGUCACUUGGACUGAUGGUAGCCAUAAUGUUACCAUACCUGUGGUGCUCACAUGAAAAAUAUUAUUUUAUGUGUUGUUUUUAAUAUUUUAAAUAAUUUGGCUAGUUUUAUGAAGAAAGAAAUUUGUGUUAUACUUAAAUAAUUUGUUGUUGUAUGUAUGUCAUUUCGUAUGUCAUGAAUUGAUCUUAUCACUAUUAACUUCCUAAA